AUGAUAAUUCAAGGGACAAAAGGGACAGGAAAGUCAUAUCUAAUUGGUGCCAUUAGUCAGGCUCUUGAGAAUGCAGAAAUAUCGUCCCCUUCUCCCCUUCUAUUACUUGCACCAACAGGGGUAGCCACAUUCAAUAUAGGAGCCUCUACGCCCGUUGCACGUAGUGUUGCCAUGAAAGUGGGGAGUGUUAAUAUAGUAGAAGAUUGUUCAAGUGAUGAACUUGAACUAGAAUUAUUGAUCAGUAAGAAUUCAAGUGUCAUGCUUACUUCAAAUCUUUGGAUUCAAGCUAGUCUUGUAAAUGGAGCACUGGGAUAUAUUCGAAAGAUUGUCUACAAACCUGGAAGUGCUCCACCCGAACCACCAUCUUAUGUGAUGGUUGAGUUUGAUAACUAUUCUUGA